AUGAUUGAUGAAUUAUCAGCCUGUCUCGGAUCCAGCACUCUGUCUAUUCUCAGGGAUGCAAGAAAACCUAUUGCGGAGGUUUUAGUGAGGCAUCUAGAUCCAACUGUUUCGCAGGCCUUUGACAUAGUUGCUCGCAUCUUCCAAGUCGAGAAACGACUGGCUGUACGGGAGCUAAUGUCCGCAACCUUCACCUACUUGGUCGUCAGGGGUACCCAGGAAAGUCAUUUACGAAUUCGCCAGCUAGUCGAACUUGGCACUUGGCUUUCUAGUUGUCAGGACUACGUCACCAGGAUCACACAACUGUGCAUCCUUCCGGACACCCUGGUCCACGUGUUCACUCAGCUUUCUGACGAGAAGCAGGCCGCUGCCUUAAAGUUUCUUGAAUCUCAUCUGGGCUUACCGAUUGAGGGAGUUGCAAGGAUGAAUGACGUCUCUCGCCUCCUUCAUCAGUUUGUACUCUGUCUUUACCCGCAUCGAAGAGAGGCCUGUGCGGGUCUGCGUUGGCUGGUGAGCAAGGUAGUUCAUCCCAUGAAGCCAAUCUACGGCCUCCUGGCGCUUCGUGCUGCCGAAGGGCACGCUGAGGCUGCCGUAAGCGACGUCACCACCAUGGGAUUGGUCUAUUUGCAGGCAAGUGAUAAAAAUCGUUUUGAUUUAUAUCAGACACAGUUUCUCGGACAACAUUUGUGCGGCAUCCUCGCGUUCUUCGACUGUCGACUGCUGGACGACGAGUCCCCGCUUGAAGAAAGGAAGAGAGCUCUUCUAAGCCUGGCCAUUUUCAUGGAUCUGGUUGGAACUCAGCCGGUCUCCCGCAUGCGAGCCAAGUUUAUCGCCACCCUAAAUUGA